AUGGCAGAUGACGGGUAUAUGAAAGCGUUGGAACUACAAAGGCGCAACUUUGAGGCCCAAUUUGGGAGCCUAGAGCUGUUGGGUUACGAAGACAAGUCCAAAAGUACCGAAACUAAUCAUACGGACUCGAAUGACGAUAGCGAUGAGUUUGGUGGGUUCAGUGACAAUACAAGCACCACCGCCUCAGAAUCGUCUGAGGAUGAGUCUGACAACGCUACGAAUCUGAAGUUUGUACAUGGAAAACCGGGAGCAAAAGAAUUUAACAAAAACAGCCUGGUGACUGUAGUAAAAUUAUCAGAAACCAUGCCAGCACCUCCCGUUUCAAAGGCAGAGGUACGCAUGGCACGCAGUGGUCGUGCUCCCACGAUGAAGGAAAUAGCAGAGAAAGACAAACAAAAACCAGCAGCCAAAAAAAUCUCGUCUAAAGAAGACCAAGAGAACUUGGAUAACGAUUUAAAAUUGCAGCGUCUUUUGAGUGAAUCCCAUAUACUCUCCAAUCUGAUGGCACAUUCAGGUGCCGAUUUGACUCUUCAAACCAUAGACUUCGAGGACCCUACCGGAAAAGCUCGGAGAAGAGCUAUAGACUCCAGAAUCAGACAACUUGCAUCCACAAAUUCCGCUACGGGCGGCCUCCCCAAGACGUUAGAAAAAAUGCCCAUGUCCAUGAGAAAGGGAAUGAUCCGAAAAAGAGAUAGCCGUAUAUCCAAGUAUGAAGAAGAAGCCAAAAAUGCUGGUAUAGUUUUGUCAAAAGUGAAGAAGGGACAUGUACGAGACUUGGUUUCUUCGAAGGGCUCCACCUUGGUGAGUGACCGGCUCGGCACAGGAACGAAGACCAAGAACACAAAGAGAGACAAGGGUCUCAAGAUCAGCUCGAUCGGAAGAUCGACCAGAAACGGUUUGAUCAUCUCACAGGAAGAAAUAGAUCGCAUUGGAGGGAAGGGAAAAUUUGGAAAAAAAAUGGGAAAAAAGCAUAGAAGAUAG